AUGGCCGACAAUCCCUCAAAGGCCGUUGCGCCGACCCAGCGCAAAGAAAGCAAGAGACUGGCGGAAGCACGAAAGACCUACGGACGAGGCAAAGCCAUCCAUACCCACAGCGUGAAGGACAAGAAGCUACGCGACAACCUCAAAGCUGUUGAGGCCAAGUACAAGGCGGCGGCCCUGCGAUCGAAGGAUGCGGAGAUCCUGUUGGAGCACGAAGCCGGAUUCCUCGAGCCCGAAGGCGAGCUGGAAAAGACAUACAAGGUCCGUCAGGAUGAGAUCCGCGACAGCGUGGGAAUCGAGACGGCCAAGAAGGGAUUCGAGUUGAAGCUGGAAGACCUAGGCCCGUAUCGUGCCGACUACACAAGGAAUGGACGGGAGUUGCUGCUGGCGGGUCGCAAGGGUCAUGUUGCGACGAUGGACUGGCGGUCGGGGAGAUUGGGAUGUGAGCUCCAGCUUGGGGAAACGGUUCGUGACGCUCGCUGGUUGCAUAAUAACCAAUAUUUUGCGGUCGCGCAGAAGAAAUAUCUCUAUAUCUACGACCACACCGGAGCGGAACUGCACUGUCUCAGCAAGCAUUUGGAACCGAUUAAUCUGGAAUUUCUGCCCUACCACUUCCUUCUCGCGAGCACGCAAAUGAGUGGUCACCUCAAGUACACCGAUACCUCCACCGGCCAGAUGGUGGCCGAAUUGCCCACCCGCAUGGGCGCUCCUACUUCUCUCUGCCAGAACCCCUGGAACGCCAUCCUGCAUGUCGGUCAUCAGAACGGAAACGUGACGCUAUGGUCGCCCAACUCGCAGACGGCGCUGGUGAAGGCGCUGGUCCACCGCGGCCCGGUGCGCUCAAUGGCCAUUGACCGACAAGGCCGGUACAUGGUGUCGACGGGCCAGGAUCUCAAGAUGAACGUGUGGGAUAUUCGGAUGUUCCGCGAGGUCCACUCCUACUCCUGCUACCAGCCGGGCGCCUCAGUCGCCAUCAGUGACCGCAACCUCACGGCCGUCGGCUGGGGCACGCAGGUCAGCGUGUGGCGCGGCUUGUUCGACGCCGCCGUGGCCGACCAAGGCAAGGUGCAGAGCCCGUAUAUGUCCUGGGGCGGCGACGGCCAACGCAUCGAGAACAUGCGCUGGUGCCCGUUCGAGGAUGUGCUGGGUGUGACGCACGACAAGGGAUUCGCCAGCAUCCUGGUGCCCGGCGCUGGUGAACCUAACUUCGACGCCCUCGAGGCCAACCCCUACGAAAACACGCGCCAGCGCCAGGAAGCCGAAGUGAAGGGUCUGCUGCACAAGCUGAAGCCCGACAUGAUCUCGCUGGACCCCAACAUCGUCGGAAAGCUGGACACGAUCAGCGACCAGAAGAACCGGGAAGAGCGCGAUCUCGACCGCCGCCCCGAGGAUCCCAUGGAGAAGCUCAAGAACCGCGGUCGCGGUCGCAACAGCGCCCUGCGCAAGUACAUGCGCAAGAAGGGCCGACGCAACGUCAUCGACGACAAACGCGUCAAGGCGGAGAUGCUGCGCAAGGAGCACGCGUCGCGCGCGAAGAACCGACUGCAGAACGAGCGAGAGGAGCUGGGACCUGCUUUGGGACGGUUCGCCAAGAAGGAGAUGUAA